CACCUCCAUUAGCCUCAUAAAAUGCCUCUUCAUCUUUGACAUAUCUAGCCACCUUCUGCAAGCCAUCAACCUUUCCACUUUCUUCCUCCUCCUUUCCCUUUCCUUUAUUUUUCCUACCUCUCACCACCUCCCAUUCCCCUUCCUCAUGCCCUUUUCUCUCCAUACUGCCCAGAUUCAAAGGGCUUUUACCAGCAGAUAGAUUGUCUGCCUGUAUAGUAUUAAGAGGAUCUUCAAAUCCCUCUAUAAUACUAUAACUCACCUUCUCCUUUCCCUUCUCAUGAGUAAUAAACGUGUUGGAAAUUGGAAUAGUGUGCUUGUUUCAACAUUGAACUUGUUGCCAGCGGCCGACUCUCACCCACCCAACUAAGAUUUCAGCGGAAACAAGUUGUGGAAAUGCGGAAUUCAUUAAAGGCUCAACAAUCACGCACACUGUCACGCAGACCCGUACAACUAUAGAACUCUUUUCUUUUUGACAAGGGGUAAAAAAAAGCAGCAUACAAUCACGAGUUCUAGCUUUACACCGCUAUAGUCUCCGGCCAUCUCGUCUUCCGUAUAUAUAACAUUUCCAUUUCUUUUUCUCCUGUGCUUGUGUAAGUAAGAUCGAAGAAAAAGAAGUAUGGAAAAACAGGUUCUUGAUUACGUGUUAGUCCCGUUGGGCCUUUUAGUUAUGGUGUGUUAUCACCUAUGGCUUCUGUGGCAGAUUAGGAAUAACCCCAACCGCACCGUCAUCGGCGUCAAUGCAAUCAACCGCGGCUUCUGGGUCCGCGCAAUGAUGGAGGAUGUGUCGAAGAAUGGGGUUCUAGCAGUUCAGACAUUCAGAAACAACAUAAUGGCGUCGACGCUUUUAGCGUCGACGGCCAUAAUGCUGAGCUCCCUCAUCGCGGUGUUGAUGACGGGAUUUAACAGUAACAGCGACCGGUCCAUGACGAUUGUGUUGGGCGACAACAGCGAUCUAAGCUCAUGCAUAAAGUUCUUCUCAAUACUGGUGUGUUUCCUGGUGGCUUUUCUGUUCAACGUUCAGUCAAUAAGGUACUACAGUCACGCCAGCAUCCUCGUUAACGUUCCUUACCGGAAAAUAAUGGAGGGAUGGGAAGCUGAUGAUCCGACCAACCAGUACCGUUGUGUGGUGACGUCGGAGUACGUAGGGAGGACAGUGAAUAGAGGGAGCUAUUUUUGGUCUCUGGGGCUCAGGGCAUUUUACUUUUCUUUUCCCCUCUUUUUGUGGAUCUUUGGACCUAUUCCUAUGUUCUUAUGUUGCAUUGUCCUGGUUUUCAUGCUUUAUUUUCUCGACGUUACGGUGGAUUUUCGAUUGGUGGCUUCUACACCAAAUGGGGAAGAGGAUGUGGAGAUUGGACAACAACUUGGAACUAUAGAUUGAUUAGUGUAAUACUAAAUGCCCGGCCUAAACCUGUAACUCACUUUUUAAGUUUUUCAAAGUAGUGUAGGAUUUUAUUAAAAACGCUGUACCUUAGCUUGGGAUUCAAUCUAAGUUGAAUCCAUUUGGUCUUAUUAUUUAACUAAUAUAUGUUAUCAUAAGGCAGGUUUCUUUCA